AUGUUGUUUCGAUUGGCACUGGUCCUUCCCUGUUUGGCGGCUGGUUUUGUGGCUCCUUCUCAGCAAACUCCCCGUUCCACUGUGUUGAGUGCUACUGUGGAAAAGGAAUUGGUCCCUCCUCGAGAUCUUGACGAAUUGUCCAAAGAAUUGGAAGGAACCCAACAACUCUAUGACAAUGUUCAAACUACAUAUGGGCGCUACCCGCUCACCAUGGUCAGUGGCAACGGCUGUCGCUUGACGACCAACGACGACACGGAAUUUUUGGAUUUUGUUUCUGGUAUUGCCACUUGUGCUUUGGGACACAACAAUCCUGCUUUGGCAAAGGCCGUCUCGGAUCAAAUGCAAAAAGUACACCACGUUUCCAAUUUGUAUUAUGUCCCCGCACAGGCCGCAUUGGCCACUUGGUUGUGUGAAAACUCGGUCGCCGAUAAAGCAUUCUUUUGCAACAGUGGAGCCGAAGCCAAUGAAGCCGCCAUCAAAUUGGCACGACGACAUGCAUCCAAUAAUGGAAUUACGCACCCUGUCAUUAUUUCGGCCCACCAAUCCUUCCAUGGGCGCACCAUGGCAGCCUUGACCGCCACGGCACAACCCAAAUACCACAAGGGAUUCGGGUUCGGAGGGAAAAUGAUUCCCGGAUUUGAAUACGUCACCUACAACAAUAUCGAAGAAUUGGAACAACUCGUUGAAAAGAUCGUCUCGGAACAACCCGCCGAUGGCAAACAGGGAUUGGCCGCCAUCAUGAUGGAAGCCUUGCAAGGAGAAGGUGGCAUCAAACCCGGCAAUCCCGAAUUCUUUGCCAAAGCCCGUGAACUCUGUGACAAACACGGCGCACUACUCAUGUGCGACGAAGUCCAAGUCGGCAUGGGACGAACGGGCACACUGUGGGGAUACGAAAACUUGGAUGUCAUCCCCGAUGUCUUUACAUCCGCCAAGGCAUUGGGCGGUGGAGUCCCCAUUGGUGCCAUGAUGGCCCGUGGUGAUGCUGCCACGGUCUUUGGACCUGGGGAUCAUGCGUCGACGUACGGUGGAAAUCCAUUGGCGUGUGCCGCCGGUGUCGCCGUGGCCAAGUACUUGUCCGAUAACAAUGUUUUGGCCAAUGUCCGAGCUCGUGGAGAACAAAUCCGGGAAGGACUCGAAGCCGUGGCGGCCAAAUAUCCCACCGUCUUGGGAGAUGUGCGCGGAUGGGGUUUGAUUCGUGGAGUGGAAGCCAUUUCCGAUGAUAUUCCCGCUGGAAAGAUUGUGGGAGCCGCCAUGGAACAGGGAUUGUUGUUGGUGCCCGCUGGAACCAACGUGGUCCGAUUCGUCCCACCUCUUAUUGUGACCGAGGCAGAAGUCAACGAAGCACUCGAGAAAUUCGAAAAGGCCGUUCAACAGUUGGCCAACUAA